AUGGAAGAGAGUAAAAUCAAGGAGGAUGGAGGCGUGAAUUCCAAAGACUUUUCCUUCAGAAUAGACAAGCUAGAUAUGGAUAAUCCAGAGCAUAUUGUGUGGGCUUACAAGAAUAUCCAGCAGGUAUAUAAUCACUCAACUGUGGACUUCUCAAGGAUGAUCAAGAUGAUGACCAAGCACAAGCUAUUGGAUUUCAACACAAGUCUAGUAAUAUUAGAAGAGGUUGGGAGUAUUUUGCAAGCUCAUUUUGGAGAAAGGGAAGAAGAUGAGGAGUUAAGCUUCGUUGCUGACAAAUGUGGGCUUGUCAUCAACAACAGAACAGCCGAUGACUCUUUGCAAUGUAUAGAUUAUCUCUAUAAACUCGUUCUUCCGUUUGCUAAGAUAUGUACAAAGCAGGUAGUUGAUAUUGUGGCCUUUCUGUUUACCAGAACAACUACGGGGGAGUUUGACGAAUUAUUUGAAAUAUUUGGCAAGAAAAAAGAUUUUCUUGUUGAGCUCUAUCUCCUGAAGGUUAAGUUGAUGAGGGAAAGAAGUAUCAGAUAUAAAUGUGAAAGAUGCAGAGGUGUCGAUAAGAUGAUUGAUUUAGAAAUGGAAGAAUGUAUCAAAAAUAUUAAGAUAUCCUUUGAUAGUAAAGACGAAUGUAAUAAGGAAAUGGAGAAGGACCAGGAAAAGAAAACGGACUUCUAUUCAAUAGAAGGCGAGAAUAGUAGUAGUAGGAAAGAAGGUAACGAGAAAUUCCCAGAAGAUCUAAGUUUCAGCCAAGGCAAGCCAUUCUUCGAAUCUAGCAUUGAGUCGUUUUCUGAAGAAGGCAGUAAGCAUUCCAAUGAGGCUGGAGAAGCUAAGAUGGAUAGAGAUGUUCUUAACCACAAGUCUCAGCAAGUUUCCGAUGACCUGUCUUGUAAAACCCUCUGUAAGUGUGGAAGAGGUGGGAAUGUAGGUGAAACCUGCUUGUGCGCCUCUUAUAAGCUUUCUGACGAGAUUCGUUGUUUGGUCGAGGCCAAGAGAUGUCUAUUGGAUAUUGAAUCUAUUUCUCCAAGAUUCUUCCUUGAAAAUGUCGCCCUGUAUCUUAGCUUGUCAUUUGAUAAAGAGCUCCUAAAUCUGUUCAGGAAGUAUAUAAACACGGAAUAUGGGUCAGUUUGUGCCUUUCAUAUAUUUAAACUAAAGACGGUUGAUCCUGAAACCUUGGAGGCAAUGAUAAAGGAAAUGAAGGAUGUAAAAAAAGAGAUAUUGAAAUCUGAGCAUCUAAUCAUUACAACAACAACUUUUAAUCUUUAUGUCGAAUGGUGCGUGGAUACUUUUGGAUCGAUAUCGAUUUCAUCUAUUAAUGAUUAUUCAGAUAUAAGUAGGCUAUAUAUAAAGUUUCUUAAAGUCUUCCCUCAUAAGAAGAUGUUUCUUAUCCUUCAAAGGAUGUGUGGAAGUAGAAUAGAUAGAGUUUCCAACACAGUUUAUGGGCACAUUGCUUAUGACCUGGAAGAGAUAGUCAAAAUCACCCUAAGCUUGUUUGAUAAUGUGCGUUCCAAUGAUGAAGAAAAGAUACCCAACACAUUGUUAGAUGAUGAAAAGAUAUUUGGGGACUCCAAUCGACUUGAUACUUCCAACUUCUGUAUAAGGCAGGAACUAGAAAAAAUUGUUCUUGAGGUAUGCAAGCGCUAUAGAAAAUCUUUUCUUUCUCAAAUCAAAACCCUGUUCUAUUUCUCAAAUAAUGAUUUCAAGGAGAAAAUCAUCAAGAUCCUGUGUGAUGAUCAUGGUAACGAUUGGAGAUAUCGAAGAGCGCUACUUCAUUCAUACAGAGAACAUCCCUGCCUCUUCAAGGAAGCCUUCAAUCUCGAUAACUUUACCAAGGACCCUGUAUUCAUAGUCAGAAGAACUGCAUUAGAUAUAAAAGAGGAACUUGAUUUGGAAAGUACAAAACUACCUGAGAAGCAAUCUUUGUAA